AUGGGGCGCCAGUGUAGUGCUCGUCAGCGGAUACGGACCGUCCCCAUGCAGUUUUACGAAAUUGGACACGUCAGUAAACUCGGUACUUGUUAAUGUGAUGGAUUCUACACUAGAUACCUUCUGUGGACAUUCACUCAAUAAUUACACCUUUUGGCAGCACAAUGUCUACGGACAUUGCUACGAACAACUGGUGUUUGUUCUAACUAGUCAUGGCUUGUUGGCCCUUGUUAGUGCACUCUACAUCGAUUACAUAAUAAAUAAUAAACUAGCCAGCCCUAAUCUCAAGAGGUCCAGAUCUUUGCACAUUCGGUUCAUCGUCAGCAUCUUGUCUGCGCUGGUACCCGUGUUGGGCAUUCUUCUUCAAGAAUUUACUGGAAACAUUAGACCAGCUCCAGUGGAUUAUCUUGUCAACGUGACAUCAUGUUUAGCAUGGUUGCUACUGUCAUUGUACCUGUGGAAGCUACGACGUCAGAGUUUACAGCUAGUGAGAACUCACAAACCAGUAAUAGCUGUGUGGGCAUUGACUUUUGUGGCUGUAAGCGUCCGUUUAAGUACUAUCAUCAAACAACUGCUUAAUCAUGAUGACUCUCUUGUUUCGGGGGAGGAAGGUACAGUCAUUGCAUCGUUGGUUCUCCAAGUUCUGUACCUUGGAACUUUGUUGCCUGGACCAAGACAUACUUCCACGUACCAUGAGUUUGGAGGGACCUCUGUAUACCAGAGUAUCAAUGAAGAUAUUGGUGGAGAGGACGAACCUCUUUUACCUUCCUCGAGGAUUUCAUCUGACAUUAAUAACCUUGGAAUUGCAGAGGAUUCAGCUAGUCUGCUGUCCAAGGCUACAUUUUGGUGGACUCGACCGCUCAUGGCUAAGGGUGCUAAAGGACAACUUGUGAGGUCCACAGAUGUAUUCUAUUUACCAAAGAAACUCACUGCCAGUCACAUCGAAACCUACUUUUCUACCAAGUAUCCCCAAGGAUCGGCUGCUUUUGCAGAGGAUGUCUUCUCCUCCAAUGAGCCCAAUGAUGAUAUGCAAGAAUCACAUGAACGAACAGAGAGAAAGGGAUAUGGCAGUACCAAGGUUAGAUCAAGGAAGCUAGAGGAGGACAAUGUUCCAGAAGUUAUCAUUAAAAAUGGAUGCAAACAGGAGGUGACCCUAUGCAGAGCAUUGUUCCGAGCUUUUGGUGUGAAGUUCUUUCUGUUGGGCAUCGUGAAAUUCUUGGCAAACAUCCUCACCUUUGCUGGGCCAUUGUUAUUAAACGCCUUGGUGUCUUUCAUGGAGGAUAGGACAGAACCGAUGAGGUACGGUUACUACUAUGCGCUUGGUCUCUUUUUGGCAACGUUCUCUGCUGCUAUGUUAGGCACCCAUUUCAACUACCAGGUUUCCAAGAUCCAAAUUCAGGUUCGAGCAGCGUUGAUAACGACCGUGUAUCGCAAGUCUUUGUCUGUGAGCGCGACAACCUUGUCAGCAUUUUCGACCGGUCAGAUUGUGAACUUUAUGAGUGUGGAUACUGGGAGGAUUGUCAACUUCUGUAACAGCUUUCAUGCAUUCUGGAGUCUUCCAUUUGAAGUGGCAGUAGCCCUCUAUUUACUGUACCGACAGGUUGGUGUGUCUUUCCUCGCUGGGUUAGCCUUUGCCAUCCUUCUCAUGCCCUUCACCAAGUGCCUUAUGGAGAAGAUUCAGAAGCUUAACACCGAGAUGAUGAAACAAAAAGAUGGCAGAGUUAAGAUGAUGAAUGAAGUUUUGAAUGGGAUACGUGUGAUCAAAUUUUACGCGUGGGAGCGUCAUUUUAAGAGACAGAUUGAUGGUCUGCGUCAAGAGGAGCUGAGUAGUCUCAAGGGAAUCAAAUACUUGGAUGCCAUGUGUGUUUACUUCUGGGCUACGACACCCGUUCUUAUCUCACUCUGCACUUUCACAACGUAUGCUUUGAUUGGCAAUGAUCUCACUGCUGCCAAGGUAUUCACCAGUCUAGCCCUGUUUUCCAUCCUGAUUGGGCCUCUCAAUGCUUUCCCAUGGGUACUGAAUGGAGUCAUAGAAUCGUGGGUCUCUAUCAAGAGAGUACAGGAAUUCAUGGAUUUGGAAGAGUCAGACCUAGCCAAGUAUUAUCAAUCGGAAAACUGCCUCUCCAAUGGACAACAGCUGAGCAUUGCACAAGGCACAUUCUAUUGGGAGCAUCAUAAGAAGAAAGAAGAAAAGGAAGAGGAAGGAAAUGAAGUGGAAGAUGGAAGAAAGGAUAAGAGGAAGGGUGCAAGCAAGGAAGAUGAACGCUCAAGUCUCCUUGUUGGAGAUGAAGAUGGAAACAGUGCUGAUGACGGGCAGUUUGAGCCAUUGAAGCUUCAAGACAUGAAUCUAAAUGUCUUCCAGGGUCAGUUGGUUGGAGUCAUUGGUAAAGUAGGAUCAGGAAAGAGUUCUUUGUUCUCGGCCAUCUUGGCCGACAUGGGCAAGGAGAAGGGCAGCAUCAGCAUUGCCGGUCUUGGUCAAGGCUUCGGACUGGCCACUCAAGAACCAUGGUUACAGCAUGCUACGGUCAAGGAGAACAUCCUCUUCGGAAAGCGGUAUAAUGCCGAGAGAUAUAACAGCGUGGUUGAAGCAUGUGCUCUCAUUGAAGACCUCAAGAUUCUUCCUGCUGGGGAUGAGACUGAGGUUGGUGAGAAUGGAAUAACUCUCAGUGGCGGCCAGAAAGCAAGGGUUGCUCUUGCUAGAGCAGUCUAUCAGGAUAGUGAGAUCUAUCUCCUUGAUGAUCCUUUGGCUGCCGUAGAUGCUGACGUUGGACAACACAUCUUCUCCAAAUGCAUCAUGGGAUUGCUCCAGAACAAGACGCGCAUCCUAUGUACCCACCACACCCGUUACUUGGUGGAAGCUGAUGUGGUGGUAGUAUUGGAUGAUUUCAAGAUAAUGGAUAUAGGUCCUCCCAGUGUGGUCUUCAAGCAAUCUCAAUUUGCAACCCAUAUCAAUUACAACAAACCUGAGAGAGAUGACGAUGACGACGCAGCGAUUGAUACCGAGGUCAAAGGUCAGGGUGUCGAGAGCAAGAAAUUGGUAGAAGAGGAGGAGAAAGAAGAAGGCACAGUCAAAUUUGGAGUCUACAAGUCUUAUUGGAAUGCUGUUGGUUGCAUCCUCGCUGUCUGCGUACUGCUGUCAUUCGUUCUCAUGCAAGGUUCAAAGAAUGUCAGUGAUUGGUGGUUAUCUUAUUGGGUCAGUCACACAAAACAAUCUUCACCCAGUAACCACACCACCACCCAUCCACCUAGUACUCGCCAUCGAUCGUCUUUACUUCAACCUAUAUACCUGUCACUUGGUUUGGAAAUGGAUCACUACAAACCUGAUGGUCACCAUCCGUCAGAUGUGGACAACUCAUCAUCCUUGGAGUUCUAUCUGGGGAUCUAUGGGGGGUUGAUAGGUGCUAACUCAGUCUUCACAUUACUAAGAGCAUUCCUGUUUGCCUAUGGGGGUAUACACGCAGCUACAAUGAUACACGAUAGGCUACUCAAGAGUAUUUUGAGGGCUCCGAUUUCAUUCUUUGAUGUAACCCCUGUUGGGCGAAUCAUCAAUCGUUUCUCCUCGGACGUGUUCACCAUCGACUUUGGCUUGCCCUUCAUCCUCAACAUCCUACUGGCCCAAGUAUUCAGCUUCUUAGGAACUGUUGUAAUCACGUGCUACGGUCUGCCUUGGUUUACCCUUUGUCUUAUACCCAUAGGAAUCAUGUACUACUUCAUUCAGAACUAUUAUCGUAAGACAUCGAGGGAAUUGCGUCGUAUCUACAGCAUAUCUAAUUCAGCAAUCUACAGUCACUUCUCAGAGACCCUAGCAGGGUUGGCCGUCAUCAAGGGAAUGAGAGCAACAAGAAGGUUUCGCCUUGAAAACCGUCGUAAACUGGAGCUGAAUCAGCGAGCCUGGUUCAGCAGUAACACAGUCACCUAUUGGUUAGCCUUCAGAUUACAGAUGAUUGGUGUUGCCAUGGUUACAGCAGUAGCUGUCAUAGCAGUAUUGGAGCAUCAUUUUCAGACUGUAGAUCCAGGUCUUGUUGGGCUAGCGAUAUCAUAUGCUUUGUCGAUUACCAACCUGCUUAUCAGUGCCAUCAACACAUUGACAGAGACGGAGAAGAACAUGAUUAGUGCGGAGCGUACCCAUCAUUAUACAGUGGCUAUACCAGAGGAAAUACAAGGCGGAUUGAUUCAGGUACCUCCUGUGUGGCCUCACAGUGGUGUAGUCAAGUUUGACAAUGUCCAUUUCUCCUACCGUGAGGAUCACCCGAAGGCUUUAGAUGGAGUCAGCUUUGAGACCAAACCGGGAGAAAAGAUUGGUAUCAUCGGUAGGACCGGGUCUGGAAAGUCUACCCUGUUCCUGGUCUUAUUUAGGAUGGUCCAGGUACAGCAAGGGACGGUUUCCAUUGACGGAGUGAAAUUGGCUGAUAUUUCUCUGGAAGAUGUCAGGUCAAAACUAGCCAUCAUACCCCAGGAUCCCUUCAUCUUCAGUGGUACAGUGAGAGAGAACCUAGACCCCGUAGGGAAUUGCAGUGAUGCAGAGCUGUGGAGUGUCCUGGAGAAGUGCCACAUCCAGGACGUCAUCGUCCGGAUGGGAGGCCUAGAAGCGACGGCUGGUGAAGGAGGGAAAAAGUUCUCGACGGGUCAAAAGCAGCUGGUCUGUCUGGCUAGAGCUAUGCUUACUAAGGCAAAGGUGCUGUGCAUCGAUGAAGCAACUGCCAGCAUUGACAUGGAAACGGAUGAUUUACUACAGCAGGCCAUCAGGGAGGAGUUUAGUGAGAACACUGUACUGACUAUAGCUCACCGUGUGAACACAUUGAGGGACAGUGAUCGUAUCUUAGUCAUGAAUGAAGGAAAGGUGGAACGGUUUGGUAGGCCAGCGGCUACUACCCUAGACCAAUGAUUUGUUCAUUGAGAUUGAUCAAGGAAACA